UUUUUUUUUUUUUUUAGAGGGAUGCCUUCUCUUCCUCUUCAACAAAUUAACGAUGAAAAGUUAUUCAAAUCUCAUCCGUUAUCCAGUAUGGAAGAACUGAAAAACUGGAAUCCAAAUCAAAUGUUGGAUAAUGCGAAUAUUGCCUCUAUCAAGUUAAGGAAACGACCUAAAGAUACUACUAUUGGUUCUAAGCUUUUACUUUGUCACGAUAUGGCCGGAGGAUACAAGGAAGAUGAAUGGGUUCAAGGCAACAACUAUGAAACAAUCUAUCAUGUUCAGUAUUGGCAAUACGUGGACACCUUUAUUUACUUUUCGCAUGAACGAGUGACUAUUCCUCCUGUCAAUUGGAUCAACGCGUGUCAUCGAAAUGGUAUAUCUUGUCUAGGUACUUUUAUUGUGGAAAAUGAUCAAAUGCAUGAACUUGAACAGUUACUUCAUGGUCCUCUUGGUUCUCAACAUAUUGGCAAACAAGAUGACGAUCCUAUGAGGUUAUGGAGUCCUUAUUUUGCCGAUAAGCUUGUGGCUAUUGCAAAACAUUAUGGAUUUGAUGGUUGGUUGAUGAACAUUGAAUGUUCAUUCAUGCCUUUCCCAACUCCGGCGCAAUAUAAAACGCAGCAGUUUCUUAGCUUUCUGGAUUAUUUUAGGGAAAAAUUACACCAAGCUAUACCUGAUUCGAUAUUACUUUGGUAUGAUAGUCUUACUAUAGAUGGAGAACUUGAUUGGCAGGACCAGUUAAAUGACAAGAACUUGCCUUUCUUCAAAGUCACCGAUGGUAUAUUCUUGAAUUAUGGUUGGAAGGAAAACUAUCCGAAAGAAGCUUCCAAAUUGGCAACCACAAUAGAUCGGAAUCCUGCAAAUAUUUAUUUUGGAACAGAUGUAUGGGGUAGAGGAACAUUUGGUGGUGGUGGCUUCAAUUCUUACAAGGGUGUGACAACUUCUAUGAAAAGUGGUACAUCGUCUGCAUUGUUUGGGACAGCAUGGACGUAUGAACAUUUUGAACAACAAAAUUUUGAUACAUUGGAUAGGCUCUUCUGGAAAGGUGGACCAGUUACUGAUUUUCCUUCUGAAUUUGAAGAUAUAACUGAUUCUCCAAAGGAAUAUCAUCCUGGUACUGGACAAACUAUAAGGCGACCCCCUAGUAUGACUUGGUUCUUUACCUCUUUUGAUCAAGGUUGUGGGAAAAACUUUUAUUUUCAUGGCAAGAAACUAUUGACUGGACCAUGGUCUCAUCUAUCUCAUCAAAGUAUCCCAGGUUCUAUGUUUGACCUUGCAACCCUUGAUGGAAACGACGCGUAUAUUGGUGGAAGCUCAGUUAUUCUUCAUUGCUCUCGUCCAACUACCAAUUCUCAUACAGGCACUUUUGAUCAUCCUGCAGCAAGAUCAUUUACUGGAUUAUUUCAAUUAUCACUCAAGAUCAAAAGUCCAAGAUUUCAACUUUGUUAUUCUUACAAAUCACUACCAGAUGCGAAUGGAUACAAUUAUUCCCUGACCGGUCAUUUACUUGGACAUUCUACAACAGAUGGUAUCAACUCUCAAAGCAUAAGCGUUCUGGACCAUGAAGGAAACGACGGCAAACAUCAUCCCUUGAAUACUGGUGGAUUAUCUAUCAUCAAAAUAAGGGAAGAAGCUAUGAUAAAUGGAUGGAUAAUUCGGAAAGUGGAUAUUGAUUGUACCCUAGCUAUGUCUGCAAAAUCUACAUUGGUGAUUCAAGAAAUUGGUUUUAUUAUUUCUAUAUAUUCCGCGACCAACGUGAAAAGAAAAGUGCUCAACACGAACAAAGAACAACAAGUAAUAGUUUCAGAUACAACAGGAAUGGAUCUGGAUAUGGUGCGUCUUGGAUCAGUCAGUAUUAUAGGGGAAGCAUCAGCAUUGGAUUAUUCAAUAUCUGAUAAUAUCAUCACUACAUCAACGCCGUGCUUCAGCUGGACCGAUGUACAAUGGGAAAAACUGGAUUAUGACAACAAUGGCAAUCCAAUAGUUCGCUUUUGGGGAACAAUCAAUUGGUGUCUAUCAGCGAAUAAUGAAAUCAGCGAUCAAAAACAACAACGUCCUUUACCAGAAUGGCGUCAAACGGAAUAUACUUUGGUUUUUCUCUCGUGCUCAACAUUAUCUGAUGACAAUGAUAUUUUCAUAGGCUCUUCCUUUUCUACCUUGUAUAGAAUAUCAGGCAUCGAUAUUCAUUUGGGCAACUCUCUAGAUAAUACUUUGAUGAUACAAUACGUGGAUGCUCUUGGUGAUAUUCAAUCGACACAUAGAAUAAGUUUACCUAGGAUAGAUAUAUUAUGAUCAGAUCAUUAAAUUAUUCCCUCUAUAUAUAUAUAUCCCAAAUAAAAUAAAAAUAAGAAGUUUUGAAAAGAAUGAUUGAAUGAUAUGUGAUGGUAGAUAAUAAUGAUGAUGAUUGAUAUAUAUCGUACAUAUAUGGUAGAUAAUAAUGAUGAUGAUUGAUAUAUAUCGUACAUAU